AUGAUGGAUUCUUGUGUCCCACCUGGAUUUCGGUUUCAUCCCACCGACGGAGAGCUUGUUGGUUAUUAUCUUAGAAAGAAAGUAGCUUCUCACAAGAUUGAUCUUGAUGUUAUCAAAGAAAUCGAUCUAUAUCGUAUCGAACCGUGGGAUCUCCAAGAAAGGUGUAGAAUUGGGAAUGAGGAGCAGCAUGAAUGGUAUUUUUUUAGUCACAAAGAUAAGAAAUAUCCGACGGGGACGAGAACGAACCGAGCUACAAUGGUAGGGUUCUGGAAAGCAACAGGAAGAGAUAAGUCAGUGUAUGAAAGAACAAAGCUUAUUGGAAUGAGGAAAACACUUGUUUUCUACAAAGGAAGAGCUCCUAAUGGACAGAAAACUGAUUGGAUCAUGCAUGAGUAUAGGCUUGAAACCGUAGAAAAUGCACCUCCACAGGAGGAAGGUUGGGUUGUGUGCAAAGCAUUCAAGAAGAAAACCAAUCUCCAAACAAAGACUAAUGAAAGAUGGGAACCAAGCAACUUAUAUGGUAUUGAACAAACAAGUAGCAUCAUCUCAAUGCAACCUCAGAGAAUUUCAUCUCAAAGCUUCAUGUACAAGCAAGAUAUAGGAGAAGAUAACUCAAUCUUCAUGCAUUCCCAACAAUUGUUACCUCUUCCUCAGUUAGAAUGUCUCUCUUUGCCAUUAGCAAAAAGACAAAACUCAAUGUCAAUAAUAUCAGAAAACAACAUCAACAAAACUGAGAAAGUGACUGAUUGGAGAGAUCUUGACAAGUUUGUAGCUUCUCAGUUGAGUCAAGAAGAUCAUAGACAUGAAACAAGCUCAGACAUGUCAUUGUUGCUGCUUCAAAGUAGUAGAGAUGAAGAGAUAAAGUUAAGCUCAUUUUUAAGUACAAGCUUAGAUUGUGACAUUGGGAUAUGUGUAUUUGAAAAUUGA